AUGGAGCCCAAUCAGGAAGUUUCUCUCUUUUUGGUGAAGAUCUUAGAAGAACUGGACAGUAAGCAAAAUACUGUUUCCUAUCAAGACCUGUGCAAGUCACUAUGUGCUCAGUUUGAUCUGUCGCAGCUUGCCAAACUGAGAAGCGUGCUUUUCUACACAGCGUGUCUCGACCCCAACUUUCCAGCCACUUUAUUCAAAGACAAGAUGAAAUGCUCUGUAAAUAAUCAGCAGUCAAAGAAGAUCAUGGUGGCAGCAGAUAUCGUGACAAUCUUCAACCUGAUCCAAAUGAAUGGUGGCAUUGCCAAGGAGAAGCUACCCACAAGUUGCCCCAAGGUACGCAAGAAGGAGGCAUCCUUUGAAUCUUGCAGGUCGGACAACGAGGUGUGCAAUCCGACAGUCUGUGAGCCUAUGAACUGUGAGCUAGGUGAGAGGCCCUUUAGCCGAGGCUACCCCACCAGGCAAUCAUCCAAAUGCCGGAAGAGGGACUGUAAGGAAUGUCCACAGUUUGUCCCUGUCUCUGAGCCCAACUUCCUCUUGGGUGUCAGCAAAGAGGUGAAAACCCGGGCAGCAUCUCUGGACAGGCUACAAGCCCUGUCCCCAUAUUCUGUGGCCAGCCCCCAGCCCUGUGAGAUGCAGAGGACCUAUUUCCCCAUGAAUAUUGAGAAUGAGUCCAUUUCAGAUCAGGACUCACUGUCCAUCAGCCAAGGUAUGAAGGAGACCUUCAUCUCCAGCGAGGAACCAUUUGUGGUUCAGUCCUGUGUUCAGAAAAGGAACAUCUUCAAAGAAGAGUUCCACAAUCUCAUGACUGUAUCCCCCAGUUUUGUUGGUCCCACUAACAAAGCUGAGGGGGAUCAUGGGGAGACCCAGGGUCAGAAGGAGCUUCACAAGCCACCCUUCUUUAACCACAGCUUUGAGAUGCCUUACCACAAUCAGUACCUGAAUCCAGUGUACUCCCCGAUUCCUGACAAAAGGCGGGCAAAGCAUGAAAGCUUAGACGACCUUCAAGCCUCUACCUAUUUUGGACCCACCCCAGUAAUGGGAACACAAGAUGCUAGACGCUGUCCAGGAAGGUCCAGUAAACAGACUCCAUGGCCCGCCAAAAGCUGGAGCCUAAACACGGAAGAAGUGCCUGACUUUGAAAGGUCCUUUUUCAAUAGAAAUCCCUCUGAGGAGAAGCUACGCUAUCCAAAUUCUGGCAGCCAGACCCCCAACUUCUCAGGCCCAGACAGGCAUCCAACUUACCUGGUGCCAAAGGAUCAACAGAAAGUUCUCCCUGCUGGCUAUGCAGUGAAACCGAAUGGACUCAAAUCUAAAGAGAUCUCAUCCCCUGUUGACCUGGAGAAGCACGAAGCAGGCAAAAAGUUUAAAGAGAAAAGCAUCAGCUGCACCAGUGGGCAGCACAGCUCAGACACCAGCAGUGUGGGUACCCAGACAGAGCAGCACGUGCUCGAGGCCCCCAAAUGUAAGGACUUGUGUACUCUGGGCCAGGCCAAAUACAGUGACAGACAUGCCAUGAAGCACUCGGAUGACGACUCGGAAAUUGUCAGCGACGACAUCAGUGACAUUUUCCGGUUUCUUGAUGACAUGAGCAUCAAUGGCUCCACAGGAGUGAUACAGUCAUCCUGCUACAAUAGCACUGGCUCCUUGUCUCAGCUUCACAAGUCAGACUGUGACAGUUCCCCAGAGCAUAACCUCGCCAAAAUCACCAGUGGAGCCUCCAGCAGCAAGGGAGACAAGUGUAACCGGCCUGAAAAUGUCCACCAUUCUGAAGAAGAGUUGAAGACCAGCGUAUGCAAACUGGUUCUGAGGAUCGGUGAGAUCGAGCGGAAGCUGGAAUCGCUGUCAGGGGUCCGUGAGGAAAUCUCCCAGGUCCUUGGAAAGCUCAAUAAACUGGAUCAGAAAAUACAGCAGCCGGAGAAAGUGAAUGUGCAGAUUGACUUGAAUUCCCUAACCAGUGAGGCACCUUCUGAUGACAGUGCCUCUCCAAGGGUCUUCCGUGCACACAGUGGCUCGCACGGGCCCAAACUGGAGAACAGCCCCGACUGGUGCUGCUCAGAUGCCAGCGGAAGCAAUAGUGAAAGCCUGCGUGUCAAGGCCUUAAAGAAAAGCCUCUUUACUAGGCCAUCUUCCAGGUCCCUGACUGAGGAGAACAGUGCCACAGAGUCCAAAAUUGCCAGCAUCUCCAACUCUCCCAGAGACUGGCGAACCAUCACUUAUACCAACCGCAUGAGCCUCAACGAAGAGGAGAUCAAAGAUGCGGGCCCGAGCGAUAACAAAGACUGGCAUCGGAAAUCUAAGGAGGCAGACCGGCAGUAUGACAUUCCCCCACAGCACCGAUUGCCCAAGCAGCCCAAAGAUGGCUUCCUGGUAGAGCAAGUAUUCAGUCCACAUCCUUAUCCCACCUCCCUCAAGGCCCACAUGAAGAGCAACCCCCUGUAUACAGACAUGCGGCUGACAGAGCUGGCUGAGGUUAAGCGGGGCCAGCCUUCUUGGACCAUAGAGGAGUAUGCACGGAACUCUGGUGACAAGGGCAAGUUGACAGCCCUGGACCUGCAGACUCAAGAAUCUUUAAACCCAAACAACUUAGAAUACUGGAUGGAAGAUAUUUAUACUCCAGGCUAUGAUUCAUUACUAAAACGGAAAGAAGCUGAAUUCAGACGAGCCAAGGUCUGCAAGAUUGCUGCUCUCAUCACUGCGGCUGCAUGCACGGUCAUUCUUGUCAUUGUUGUGCCCAUCUGCACGAUGAAGUCCUGAACCUGUGGAC